UUUUCCUUAAUGGCCUCCUUUCCAGACGUACCUUUUGGAAUUUUCCUGUUCAGUGUCUGUGCUGUUGUCAUUGGCUUUAUACAGGCUGUGAUAGUAUUGUAUGCAUUCUAUCACCCACACUUACUGAAUCAACAGAUACAGGUGUCUGAAAAUCAGAAUUUCUAUAAAUGUCAUAUCUUAAAGAUUAUCCUAAGAGGACCAGUUUUAUGCUGUUUAGCAGCCAUCUUUUCUUUUUUCUUUAUUCCUUUGUCUUAUGUACUUCUGGGGCUUGUAAUCGUUUUUCCACAUCUCACUCGAUUCAUUACAUGGUGUAAAACCAAGAUUGUUGGCCAGAGAGAUGAAGAGGAGGUACACCAUAGUUUAGAAACCUUCACUCUUUACCUCAGUGAGCCUCUGAGUAAGGAACGGGUAGAAGGAUUUAGUGAUGGGGUCUAUGCUAUUGUAGCAACCCUGCUCAUUUUGGAUAUAUGUGAAGACAACGUCCCUGAUCCCAGAGAAGUUGAGAAGUUCAACAUCAGCCUUCUUGAAGCUUUAAGUGAAUAUGGGCCAAACUACCUUGCCUACUUUGGCUCAUUUGUAACAAUUGGUCUCCUGUGGUUUGUUCAUCACUCACUUUUCCUUUAUGUAACAAAAGCUACACGAUUAAUGGGACUGCUUAACAUACUUUCAUUGGCUUUCAUUGGUGGGCUUCCUCUAGCUUACCAGCUGACCAGUGAAUUUGCAGAGAAGUCUCACAAUGAAAUAGAAGCCAUUCAGGUCAGCUGUGUUAUCACUUUCUUUGCCAGCAUAUUUCAGUUUGCAAUAUGGACCACAGCCCUCCUCCAUGAAAGGGAAACUUUGCAUCCUUUUGCUAGAUAUGGUGGCAAGGAGCAUGCCUUCAUGUUUGCCAAGCUGUCUCUCUACCCUUGUGUAAGCCUUGGGGCCUUCUUUCUAACGUGCUUAUUAAGUGAAUUUAGCACAGCAAUUUUCCACCUUAUGCAGAUUGUAAUCCCAUUUGCUUUUCUUGCCUUGCGCAUUUUUGUUAGAAUUUCUUUAACUGUUGUAAAGUCUGUGAUGUCUCUCUCCAGGCGGAAGGUUGUGUUGUUAGAAGAAGAGGAGGCAUGUUUGUCUCCUACUGAAGCACUGUCCUAAAUUUCCAUUGCAGUGCAUGUGAAAUUACAUUUAACUUCAGUUCUUCUAAUUCACAUUAUCUUCAUGUGUGGAUUAUACUGACCUAAACCAGAGCCUGUGUUGUCCAUAACUGGGGCAUAUUU